ACUGGUUCAGCUUUGGUCAUUGUUAUUAAAAAUGGCGACAGCCGUGGCACCGAAGGAUGUUAACACAUAUUUAAAUCAAAAUCAAAAUGUUGCAGACAAAGAAUUGGCUGCUGAAUGGGCGCAACUUGAAAAACUAUAUAAUAAAAAGCUUUGGCAUCAGCUGACACUUAAAUUAGAAACAUUUGUAAAAAAUCCAGCACUUCUGAAAGGAGAUAAUUUGGUACAAUUAUAUGUUAACUUUUUAUCUACCUUUGAAAACAAGAUAAACCCUUUGUCGUUGGUAGAAAUAUUAGCAUAUGUAAUACAACAGUUUCAAGAUAAGCAGGAAGCAAUUAAAUUCUUGGAAAAAACUGAAGCCAAAGUUAAAAGCAGUAAUGAAGCCGUGGCUCUCUGUAAGGUCCUUACAGGGCAAAUUUUGUUGGAUAAGUUAAAUAAUCAAGAACAAACAAAAAAGAUAAUAGAAGAUGUAGAAGCGAUGUUGGAUAAUGCUGAUGGUAUUACCACAGUUCAUGGUAGAUUUUAUUUGUUAGCCAGCCGUCUUUACCGUUUACAAGGGAAACAUGCAGAAUAUUAUCGCACUGCUCUGAGAUAUUUGGGUUGUAUUGAUUUAAACAGCUUAAGUAAACAAGAACAAGAACAACAUGCAUUUUUCCUUGGUCUGGCUGCACUUUUAGGUGAGGGUGUUUAUAAUCUUGGAGAACUAUUAGCUCAUCCAGUUUUACAGUCUUUAAAAGGUACACCAAAUUCUUGGUUGAUUGACUUAUUACAAGCUUUCAAUGCCGGCGAUAUUGCGGCGUUAGAGAAAUUAAAACCACAGUGGAGCAAAGUUGCUGAUUUAGCUGCACAGGAAUUAAAAUUAAGACAAAAAAUCUCUCUUCUGUGCCUUAUGGAAAUGACUUUCAAACGGCAAGGUAAUAACAGACAAUUGACAUUCACAGAAAUCUCUCAAGAAACUCGUUUACCUCUCGGUGAAGUAGAAUUACUAGUAAUGAAGGCUUUAGCUCAAGGUUUGGUUCGUGGCGCCAUUGAUCAAGUAGCAGGAACAGUAAACAUGACAUGGGUACAACCUCGCGUAUUGGAUCGUAGUCAAAUAGCUGGGAUGGUUCAAAGACUUGAUGGAUGGUGUAAAGAUGUCAGCUCAAUGGAACGUUUAUUGGAAUCUCGAGCCUCCGAAAUUCUAACUCUUUAAUAUUAGGUUUGAUACUCUUUCAUCGAUUCAUUUAUAAGUUGUACUUCUGUAUUUCUAAUAAUUCAUUGGCUUACCAUUAUUUUAAAAUGUCCACAAAUAAUAAACCAAUUGUGAUAAGUCAAUAAAUUAAUAUAGAAGAAAAUAUAAACUCCACUUUU